CGGCGGCGUAGUAUAAAUCUGACAGCUUCCCCCCUCAACCGUUUACAUUCACUCCGUUUUUCGUACAGUCGGAACGUGUUCCCGCUAAAACAUAAAAAACAUGCCCAUGGAUCUCUACUACGUGCCCGGAUCAGCGCCAUGCCGCUCCGUUUUGCUGGCUGCGCGCGCCCUCAACCUGAACUUGAACCUCAAACUCGUGGACCUGCACCACGGAGAACACCUGAAGCCUGAAUAUUUGAAGAUCAACCCACAGCACACAGUUCCUACAUUGGUGGACGAUGGUUUCUCAAUCUACGAGUCUCGGGCCAUCAUCACAUACCUGGCUAACAAAUACGGCAAGGGCUCCACACUUUACCCAGAGGACCCUAAGGCGAGAGCUCUGGUCGACAUGCGUCUUUACUUCGACAUUGGCAACCUAUAUCAAAGAUUUAGCGACUAUUUCUAUCCCCAAGUGUUCGGAGGCGCUCCAGCUGACAAGGACAAGCUGGCCAAGGUGGAAGACGCUCUCAAGCUUCUAGACAACUUCCUCGAAGGUCAGAAGUACGUCGCGGGACCAAACCUUACGGUCGCCGAUUUAAGCCUCAUCGCUUCUGUCUCCAGCUUCGAAGCUUCGGAUGUUGACUUCAAGAAGUAUGCGAAUGUUAAGAGAUGGUAUGAAACAAUCAAGACCACAGCUCCAGGCUACCAAGAAGCUAACGAAAAGGGCUUAGAUGCAUUCAAAGCUCUUGUAGCAAGCAUGAAUAAGAAGUAAAAAAAACAAUAACAAACAGCAGGGUUGCCAGCGAAAUGAAGUAUUUUUUAAAACACCUAAAUUAAAAUUCUAAUUAAGAUAUUGACGCGCCACACUGCUUUACAAGGUUACUUCAAAUGAGUGCUUAUAAAAUCAGUGCUUGAAUAAAGAGUGCUUAUUAUCUCGCUUCGUAUUUGAGAUAAAAAAUACUAGAGCUGGCAACACCUGAUAUAAUUUAUUUCCUUGUCUAUCCUAACCACGUCUUUGCGUUAAGAUUUUGUGAUAUAAGAUUUAGAAUUUAAGUCACAAUAAAUGAACUGAAUUUUUGA